AUGGUUCUCUUGUCUCCAGAUUCGUUUCUGAAUCAGCUUACGAGGAUGUACAGCAAACACAGGAACAGCGGCUCGGUCUUUGUGACGACCAAGAGAUCCAACAUGAAGAGCCCCAAGUAUCGAGAGAAAGCCAAGGAGGAGGACUAUGCAUGCCUUGUCCGUGCAAGCGAUGGCAAGAAUACCAUUUCCACUGUAGUGAGUAUCGUAGAUUGCAAGCUGCUGUUCUUCUGCAGCCUUUCUGAUCUGCAUUGGAAGUGUGACUGGUCCACCACACAAUUCUGCUUUGGCAAUGCUUGCAUUCUCAGGAUAGAACGCAGUGCACAGUUGAGGUGA